AGGUUUGCCGAAGCUUGGGCAACGCUUCCAUCCUCUCGGAUCAAAAACCAUGAAAGAAUCACCAGGGACAUCACACAUCUGCCCUUCACUAAAGUCAUUUUUUUCCAACAAAGUUGGAAGCAUGCUUUGUAAUUGCAAUUCAUCAAACAAGUACAAGAGAUUAGAUGCAAAGCUUGAAAAGAAGAUGAUGGAAGCCAUCAAACACAGAGGUGCAUCAGGAAAGAAUACAUUCAGAUCAAUGAAUAGCAUAAUCAUGAAGUUUCCUCAAUUCAAAGUGGAGCUGAGAAACAUCAAGAGUGUGUUUGUGCAGUGUGAUGAAGACUCAAAUGGAAUUAUUGACCACAAGGAGCUCAAAAAUUGCUUAAGCAAACUGCAACUACAAUUGUCAGAGAAAGAAAUGGAGGAACUAUUCCAUUCUUGUGACUUUGAUGGCAAUGAAGGAAUGCAAUUCAAUGAGUUCAUUGUCCUCCUUUGUCUCAUCUAUCUCUUGAUAGAACCUUCAAGAUCUUCGCACACUACAUCGAAGAUGGGAUCAGCACAGCUCGAAGAAACUUUUGAUACAAUUGUUCAAGCAUUCUUGUAUCUAGAUAAAAAUGGAGAUGGUAAGUUGAACCAGAAUGACUUGGUCAGGGCAUUGAACGAGGGUUCUCCUUGGGAAAGAUCUCCAGGGCACAUCUCCAAGACGCGUUUCAAGGAAAUGGAUUGGAACAAGAAUGGAAAGGUCAGUUUUAAAGAGUUCCUUUUCGCACUAACCAAUUGGGUUGGGAUUGAUACUGAUGAUGAGAAAGAAGUCCCUAUUACAUGAGGUAUUGUGAAGUAGAUGAUAAACAGUAGAUGUAAAGAAAAAUGAAGCAAACAAACUCUAUUAGGUAAAAUUGCGUUGACGCAGUUCAUUUGUAUGAUCUAUGUGCCAAAAUACUAUCUCAAAUGUAACCUGUGCAUUGAAAUCAUAACUUUCUAUAAGUUCUUUACGAUGGUGUAUCGAUAAGACAUUCAAACUAUAAUGGUUACCAAUAUAA